AAGAAGAAGAAGAAGAAGAAGAGGAAGAAAAUAGCGGUAAAUAAAACGCACCUGUUUUCACCACUCAACCGGAAUAAAGUUACUUUUCACCUGUAUUCUGUGACGCUUCCGGUCAUAGUUUGGUGGAAAACACGACAUAGAUUAUUUGUGAAGAAGAAGAAGAAAGAGGAGAAGAGAAGGAAGAGGAGGAGGUUCUGGUGUUCGUGUUCUGGAAUGUUCUGCAGCUACUGACCAAUGGCGUUCUGGUGUUGGUCGUCUCUGGUCCUCUGUCUCCUCCUCACGUCGUCCUCGGCUCAUGGCGACAUCUUCACCUCCAUCAGUCACAUGACUGAUCUGCUGUUCACAGAGAAGGACCUGCUCACAUCUCUGAAGAACUACAUCCAAGCAGAGGAGAAGAAACUGGAGCAAAUCAAAACAUGGGCUGAUAAACUGGACGUCCUCUCAGCUGCUGCCACUCAGGACCCUGAAGGUUUCCUCGGUCAUCCAGUGAACGCCUUCAAACUGAUCAAGAGGCUCAACACUGAGUGGGCGGAGCUAGAGAGUCUGGUGCUGAGUGACAUGUCUGAUGUCUUCGUCUCUAACCUCACUGUCCACAGACAGAACUUCCCUGACUCUGACGAUGAGACCGGAGCAGCCAAAGCUCUGAUGAGACUGCAGGACACGUACCAGCUGGACACGGACGCCAUCGCCACUGGACAGCUGCCAGGCUCCUCCUCUAACCGCGGCUCUCUGACGGUCAGCGACUGCUUCGACAUCGGGAGGUCGGCGUACUCAGAGAAAGACUACUAUCACACGCAGCUGUGGAUGAUUCAGGCUCUGAAGCAGUUGGACCAGGGAGAGACGUCCAGCAGCGUGGACGCCAUCACCGUCCUGGACUAUCUGAGUUACUCACUGUACCAGCAGGGGGAGCUGGAGAGAGCGCUGCAGCUCACCAAGAGGCUGCUGGAGCUCGAUCCGACGCACCAGCGAGCUACCAGAAACCUCAGGUACUACGAGCAUCAGCUGUCCAAUCAGAAGGGAGCAGUAGGAGGGGCGGAGUCUGCACGGAGACAGAAAGGGGAUACGCAGGAUGUCCCCGAUGACUUCCUGCCUGUGAGGCGGAGCUACGAGGAGCUGUGUCGAGGCGAAGGCGUGUCGAUGACGCCGCGCAGGCAGAGCCGCCUCUUCUGCCGUUACCACAACAACAACCGCCACCCAAGGUACGUGAUUGGUCCAGUGAAGCAGGAGGUCGAGUGGGACCGCCCCCUCAUUGUCCGCUAUCAUGACAUCGUGUCAGACAAAGACAUGGAGACGGUCAAAGAGCUCGCCAAGCCUCGGCUCAAGCGUGCGACGGUUCACGAGGCUCAGACGGGUCAGCUGAUCACAGCUCCUUACAGAGUGUCGAAGAGCGCGUGGCUCAGAGAACACGAACAUCCAGUCAUCGAUAACAUCAACCAGAGGAUCGAGGACAUCACGGGUCUGGACAUGUCCACAGCUGAAGACCUGCAGGUGGCUAACUACGGUGUAGGUGGACAGUACGAGCCUCACUAUGACUUUGGACGGAAGGACGAGCCUGAUGCCUUCGAGGACCUGGACACAGGAAACAGAAUCGCAACGUGGCUGCUUUACAUGAGUGACGUACAGGCAGGGGGCGCCACAGUCUUCACUGAUGUCAGAGCUUCUGUGAAGCCCAUAAAGGGGACGGCCGUGUUCUGGUACAACCUUUAUGCCAGCGGAGAAGGAGACGAUCGGACGAGACACGCCGCCUGUCCGGUUCUGGUCGGGAGCAAAUGGGUGUCCAAUAAAUGGAUCCAUGAGCGAGGACAAGAAUUCAGGAGACGCUGCGGUCUCCGCAAAACAGACUAGCAACGCUAACACUGCCCCCCUCAGGCCGCACGUGUGAUGUCACAUGUUUAUUUUCCUGUGUGUGUGUGGACAUGUGACCUUUAAGUGUAACUUUUACAACCAAUUUGACUUUUUGUUUCACGACUCAUGAGCCGAUCGUCGAUUAUUGAUCAGAUUCUGUGAUCAAUUCAGAUUUAACCACACACUUUUAUUUUGAAAAGCAGAAAACUUUCCAGAAUCACUCCAAAGCGAGUUACUGAUCAGCAAAUUUUAUUGAUAAAGAAAAACUUUAUUGGUCCAGAACUGGAGGAGAACAUUUUUAUUUAUUUAUUUUGUUAAAAACACACAUUAUUGCUCCAUCUG